CGGGGCGGCCACGCCACUUCCGCCGCCGCCGCCGCCGCGCCAGGGGCCGGCACCGCCGGCAGCGGCACCGGGAGCGGCACCGGGGAACGCCCCGCGAACGCCCGGGAGCGGCGCCGGGGACACCCGGGAGCGCGGCGGGGGAGCCGCCGCCCAGCGCAGCCCCGCGCCCGCCGCAGCCCCCGAGCGGCUGCGCCCCAGCUCCAUGAAUGGAAAUCGGCAGCGCAGGACCCGUCGGGGCACAGCCCCUGCUCAUGGUGCCCAGACGUCCCGGCUAUGGCACCAUGGGCAAGCCCAUUAAACUGCUGGCCAACUGCUUCCAAGUUGAAAUCCCAAAGAUUGAUGUCUACCUCUAUGAGGUGGACAUCAAACCAGAUAAGUGUCCUCGGAGGGUGAACAGGGAUGUGGUGGACUCCAUGGUGCAGCAUUUUAAAGUGACAAUAUUUGGGGACCGUAGACCAGUUUAUGAUGGGAAAAGAAGCCUCUAUACAGCCAAUCCACUUCCUGUGGCCACUACUGGGGUGGAUUUGGAUGUGACACUACCAGGAGAAGGUGGAAAAGACCGUCCCUUCAAAGUGUCAAUAAAGUUUGUUUCUCGGGUGAGCUGGCACUUGCUGCAUGAAGUUUUGACAGGAAGAACCUUGCCUGAGCCUCUGGAACUAGACAAACCUAUCAGCACUAACCCUGUUCAUGCUGUCGAUGUGGUGCUACGACACCUCCCCUCCAUGAAGUACACCCCUGUGGGCCGCUCCUUCUUCUCAGCUCCAGAAGGCUAUGACCACCCCCUGGGAGGGGGCAGGGAGGUCUGGUUUGGAUUCCAUCAGUCAGUCCGACCUGCCAUGUGGAAGAUGAUGCUCAACAUCGAUGUUUCUGCCACUGCCUUCUACAAAGCACAACCCGUAAUUCAGUUCAUGUGUGAAGUCCUUGACAUUCAUAAUAUUGAUGAACAACCAAGACCUCUGACUGAUUCUCAUCGGGUAAAAUUCACCAAAGAGAUAAAGGGUCUGAAGGUAGAAGUGACUCACUGUGGGACGAUGAGAAGGAAGUACCGUGUCUGCAACGUCACGAGGCGACCUGCGAGUCAUCAAACCUUUCCUUUGCAGCUGGAAAAUGGCCAGACUGUGGAGAGGACAGUAGCACAGUAUUUCAGAGAGAAAUACAACCUCCAGCUGAAAUACCCUCACCUUCCUUGUCUGCAAGUGGGACAAGAACAAAAACACACCUACCUGCCUUUAGAAGUGUGUAACAUCGUGGCUGGCCAGAGGUGCAUCAAGAAGCUCACAGACAAUCAGACCUCGACCAUGAUAAAAGCCACAGCCAGGUCUGCCCCAGACAGGCAGGAGGAAAUCAGCAGAUUGGUGAGAAGUGCAAACUAUGAUGCAGAUCCAUUUGUGCAAGAGUUCCAGUUCAAGGUGCGGGAUGAGAUGGCCCAUGUGACGGGGCGUGUGCUCCCAGCCCCGAUGCUGCAGUACGGGGGACGGAAUCGAACUGUGGCAACCCCAAGCCAUGGAGUGUGGGACAUGAGAGGGAAGCAGUUCCACACUGGUGUGGAGAUCAAGAUGUGGGCUAUAGCUUGCUUUGCAACACAGAGACAAUGCAGAGAAGAAAUAUUGAAGGGUUUCACAGACCAGCUGCGCAAGAUCUCCAAGGACGCCGGGAUGCCCAUCCAGGGCCAGCCCUGCUUCUGCAAGUACGCCCAGGGUGCAGACAGUGUGGAGCCCAUGUUCCGACACCUCAAGAACACCUAUUCGGGCCUUCAGCUCAUCAUUGUCAUCCUGCCAGGGAAGACACCUGUGUAUGCGGAGGUGAAGCGCGUGGGAGAUACGUUGUUGGGAAUGGCCACACAGUGUGUUCAGGUCAAGAACGUCAUCAAAACAUCUCCACAGACCCUCUCAAAUCUGUGCCUGAAGAUCAAUGUUAAACUAGGAGGAAUCAACAACAUCCUUGUACCUCAUCAACGACCUUCUGUGUUCCAGCAGCCAGUGAUCUUUUUGGGAGCUGAUGUCACUCACCCUCCAGCUGGAGAUGGAAAGAAGCCCUCCAUCGCUGCUGUUGUAGGCAGCAUGGAUGCCCACCCCAGCCGGUACUGUGCCACGGUGAGGGUCCAGCGGCCCCGGCAGGAGAUCAUCCAGGACCUGGCCUCCAUGGUCAGGGAGCUGCUCAUCCAGUUCUACAAGUCAACACGGUUCAAGCCCACCCGUAUCAUCUUCUACAGGGACGGGGUCUCUGAGGGACAGUUCCGACAGGUUUUGUAUUAUGAGCUGCUGGCCAUUAGAGAAGCCUGCAUCAGUCUGGAGAAGGAUUACCAGCCUGGGAUCACCUACAUCGUGGUGCAGAAGCGACACCACACGCGGUUGUUCUGUGCUGACAGAACAGAAAGGGUCGGACGGAGUGGCAAUAUUCCAGCGGGGACAACUGUAGAUACAGACAUUACACACCCCUACGAGUUCGAUUUUUACCUCUGUAGCCAUGCUGGAAUACAGGGAACCAGCCGGCCCUCCCACUACCACGUGCUGUGGGAUGACAACUGUUUCACAGCGGAUGAGCUGCAGCUCCUCACGUACCAGCUGUGCCACACCUACGUGCGCUGCACCCGCUCCGUGUCCAUCCCAGCCCCGGCCUACUACGCUCACCUGGUGGCAUUCCGGGCCAGGUACCACCUCGUGGACAAGGAACACGACAGUGCUGAAGGGAGCCACGUGUCAGGACAGAGCAACGGGCGAGACCCCCAGGCCCUGGCGAAGGCUGUACAGAUUCACCAAGACACCUUACGCACGAUGUACUUCGCUUAAGUCAACGACCCGGGAGACACUCACCGAGAGGAGAACUUGAGAACUUAAGCCACAUACAAUGUAUGUUUCCAGGGGGUUGGUUUAGGGGCUGUGCCUCCCAUCGUGCUGGAGCUGACGCUGUGCAGGGGGCGAGAGGCUCACCCUUAAAUUGACACGAGGAAGAUUGUUUACUUCAUCCAGGAACACAGCACUAUUAUGCAAUAUGAAACCAGCCAACUGCUUUUUUGGGGCGGGCUCCUGUGGGAAGCGCCGCCGUCAUUUUUGUUUUGUUUUUUUUUAAUUAUUAUUUCUCGUAGUUUAACCCUCUUCUGCCUUUACCUCAAGUUGCUCGGCAGCACAACUAUUGUUGCAAAAAAAAAAAAAAAAGAAAUAGUAAUAAUAAACUAAAAUCUGUCGUGGAAUUUAAAAACAAAAAGCAAACCACCUUUUAGGAACAAUCACAGUGAUUGUUUGGAGGGAGGGAAGUGUGCAAAAAAAAGAAAAUAAUUAAGUUUUUACCCCCCGUGCGCUGAGGAAUCUUUCUCCCAGUAUUGCCAUCGAGCAUUCGAAUGUGAACAUAUCCGAGUGCAUUGGAAUGUGCAGCACUAGCUAGGAAACAGAGAGGGGGGAAGAAGUUUUGCACACUAAUCCAAUAAUUUGAACCUAAUUUAGCCAACGGCUGCCUUUGUGUCUUUUCUCACAGCUUUGGAGCUCUCAGCUCCAAGAGUUCCCUUUCAAAAGCAAUCCAAGAAGCUCGUGGUUCAUGUGCAGGCAGUAGUGACCCAACUCUUCUUGCUCCCUGGGGAAUUUACUAAAGCUGCUGUUUCACCUAGUCCGAAAGUUUCAAUUUUUCCUAUCUGGCAAGUCCAAUCUGUUGAAGCUUCACGUGAGAUCCAACGUCCCAGGUUUGCUGGGGUGACGUACAGUAACCACCAGAACUGAAACUUUAGAGCUAAGGUCUUUUUGGAAAAAAAAAAAGAAACCUGCUAGUUUACUUGCUGCCUCUCACACCUUAAUGUGAUUCAUAUGUAUGUGUGUUUGAAGUUUAGCUUCCUUUUGUUUCUUUUAUAUUUAUUAGAGUAAUAAUAAUGCUUUAAUUUAAUUAUUACAGAACAUGUGGUCAACAUCAACUUUUAUUUUUUAGAAGUGUAACCAUGUUUAUUUUUAAAAAAAAAGAAACUGACAACUUGUUUUGCUAUCUUUUAGUGCAAUAAGCGUUCUAAAGAAAAACUGUGUCCAUUGAGCUGUACUGAAGCAGUGUCUGUACCACGGACCGUGGGAGAAUGGACACCUCCAGGAUUUUAAAAGGACAAAGUAAAAGCCUUAAUUUUGAAAGGAAAGUUUUAUAGUCAGAAGGAAUCUUGAAUUUUCCUUUUUUAAAUCAAAAAAAAAAAAAAAUUACAAAAAUGCUUCUAGACUUCUGCAAGCUUUACUUGUCGCUGCAGUCUUUUGAUUUAACAAAGGAAUUGGCCUUAUUUUUGGCUUUGAAAUGUGGAGCAUAUUUGAAUUAAAUGGAAAGGGUUUUGUAUUAAGAUCUCAGUUUUUACAUGCUUAGUUAAACCUAUUUGACAUCAGUAAAAUGUCUGGAAUUAAUAAAAGUUUUUAGGCUUUUUUCCUCUUUGAUAAUGACUUUCCUUUUAAAAUUAAGUUAUUGGUAACUUCAUUUCACUUUGCAAAUAAAGAGGGCUGGGAUAGUUCUAACAUGUUAAAUCGCUGAAAUGUGAAUCAAACCGAUGAGACUCUUUCAUUCCACUUUAAAACCAAUGUUUAAGAUGUCAGAGACAAGCGUUUAUUCAACGAGGGGACUGGGGAGUUUUGCACUUUGUAAACUCGUGAACUGCAUUUUUGACUGUUUUUAUUUGCACUGGUUCAUAGUAUAUUUACUGCAGAUGUUUGUAUGGGCAUUGCUGUGAUCCCAGCCCUCCUGACCUCCACCUGCUCUCACAUGAAAACCAGUGGGUUGGUCUAAGUAGCUUCUCUCCUCUUUUCUCACCAAAUCCACUGUUUGCCAAUAUACUGUAUUUUGAGCCUAAAAUCUGAGCCCGUUUUGCUUCACCAGGCAUGAACCUCCCUUUUUUCUGCCAGAAAACCAAGUACUGUAUUUUGUGCAUUUGUAUAUUGUAUGGAAAUGUCCGUAGUGCUGCUCACAACUGUCCACAAGAGCUUUACUAACAGUUAGUGUAGAUACUUAUUUUAUCUCCCAAAAUCAAGGAAAAUAAUGGAAACAGACUGACCUGGCAAAGUUAAAAUUGCACUGAAAACAGUCGUGAGGGUGGGCAGGGCUGGGGGUGCUCGGAGAGGAGGGGGGGGUGGUUGGGGGGUUCAGCAGAUCCCAGGGGAUCAGGAACCCCUGGAGCCAGGGCUGUUCCCUCUCAGCACCUUCAGAGAAACCUGGUGCAGGGAGGUGGGUGGGACAGAGUCCUUUGAGCAAGGUGGUUUCUCAGUAAGUCUCUCAGAUGUUUUUCCCAGUCUGUGACCUGACAGUUUUCUCCUAAAGCUUCCACCGGUGCCGUUUGUAACAGGUCCAGCUUAGGCUUUUUACAGAAAUUUGUUUUAAAAUAAUUAUUUUUUUUUUUUUAAAUUCUCUGUUUUACAAGGAGUUCUUGUGGAGUUCUGGCAUCUAGGUGAAAACUCCUUUUUACAAAGCCUUUUGACUCUCCUUUCAAAGCUGCUGGAUGCUUCUCAUCCCACCCACGCUCGGCAACUCGGAUUCGAGAAGCUUUUUUGCUCGCUGCUUUCACCAAAAACUAAAGAACCUUCAUUGGCAAAGUGACUUCAGUUGUCAAGGUAACGCUGUACCUGGUUUUCAUGUGAAGAGUAUUUGGAAGUUUUAAUCUCUCUUCUUGGUUUUGCAAAUAUCUACGUCAAGUGCCGAUACUUCUUUGUAUUACGAUAUCAAGUUACUGACGUUGUGAGGGCCACACAUUAAUGAUGCUGUAGCUGCUAUAUUUAUUUAAAUGGAGAUGGACAAUUACUGCACUAAGGAAUGAGGAGAAAAGCAAGGAAUCAAGGUUAGUUAGAUAUCUUGGUUUUUUUUUUCAAAAGAGAAAUAAUGGUGUGAAAUAUCAAGUGUAACAAAGGGUGCUGUCAUUUUAACUGAGAUUAAAUAGCCAGAUAUUCUUCUUUUGUUUAAAAACAUAUAUAUUUUGAUGUUUGCAGUUUGGGGGUGGGGGGUCGGGAUAAAUGGUACCUCAUCUGUGGUGGCAGUUUCCAGUAUAUUUUCAGAGUAUAUGGAUUUCUUUUAUUUUUGUACCUGCUCUCCUUUAAAAAGAAAAAAAAAAAUUCUCAGAUUUUAUGUGCCGUUUGAGGAAAUCUUGAGUGGCACAGCAGAUCCCCCCUCUCCUGGUGGGAGCUGGCUGUGGAUAGUCCAGAGAGGGACGUGGGCACAGGCUGAUUCUUCUUGCUUUGCAGACACCGGGUUUAUGCCUGUCGGGAAAAGCAGUUCCCGGCUCCUCAGACACCGAGACCUCACUUGUACUUAACAAGUGCCACUAAGUGCUCCCGUGGUGGGAGCAGCCCCAGGGCUGGGCCAGGAGUGGCUGUAGGGUAUUGCUGGAAUGGUGCUGGCCAUGGGGAUGGACCCUGGGGUGCCAUCAGUGCCCCUCCUCACCUGGAGCCAGCUGUGCCCAAUCCUGCCAUCUGGCCACUGGUAGAUCCACAGUUGGAGGGAACCCUGGAAUGUUUUGUGGUCGAGGCAUUAAACUUGUGACAUCUGCAGACAGACCGAGUGACUCCCUAAGUCGCCUUUUCUCCUUGGUAGGGAUUUCAGCCGUGGUCAUUUGCCUCAGGAUCGCUGUGUCACUGUUCAAUGUGUCAUCUGGUUACACGUGUCCAAAAGUUAUUUUUAUAGGGUUCAUUCCAGCAUCCUUCUGGAAGUUUGUUUGGCCACAGAAAUGGGUUUUCAGGAGUUAAAUGGGUUUCUGGAAGCUGUCAGUCAAAUUAUUUCAAGAUGCUCUUGGUCCUCAAUGAUUUUCACUUAUUCAUGUAUGAAUUCUUGUCCUAAAAAAUGCUCAACGUGAAAUACCAGACAGUCAUCUGCUGUACAAAUUCCAGCUACAAAUACUGGUGUUCUACUAGUCUUAAAGUUCACUCUGGUGAAAUUCCAAGCUCAAGCUUGAGGCCUUUUGUUUUUCUACACUUUCUUCAUAUCUUGUCCUGUUCUGAUAUUUUCCCUGUUUUUUGAACUGAGGGUUUAGAACCUUUCUCGAAGCACUUUUAUAACCAAGAAAUCACAAGCUCAGAUUAUUUAUGUCAGACCUGUAAAUUCAGUUUUCAGAGGAGGUUGUUUCUAAAUGGCCAUCGUGGUCUCUGGUCAGGCCAGGCUGAUGCCCUGUCCCUUUCAGUGCCGUGGGGUUUUGUGGCUGCUACUGGCAGGUUGGUUGGAUCUGUUGAAAAAAUCAAAGGGAAAGAUUCCUGUCUUUUUCUACCCAAAGAUGGUACUUUAGGUUGAUGCUGGGUGUCAGAAUAUCAUUUUUAUUUUGGCACAUGUUGAAAUCCAACUUCACUUAGCCAAUUCACUCCUGGUUUUUAUACAAUAUCAUGGUUAGAGCUUGAGCUCGUUGAUGCUUUCUGCUGGUAGAAGAUUUUGUACUUUCUGUAGUUGAGGUAUGAGCGAGAUGGAUACAGGAUCCUACAUUUUACCUCCCAAGCAGAGUCUUAAGAAUCCUGAUCUGUGUGACACUAAAACCCAAACUGUUGUCCCUGACUAGGCAAAGGUGCAUGUGGAGGGGAAGGAAUUGUAAGCGAGAGGUUUGUGAGGGGAAAAUAUCAAAGCAUGGGUUUGGCAGAAAUGAGGGUGCUGGGGAGGCUCCAUCCAUCUCUGCACCCCACAUGCCCUGGCCUUUCAGAUCCUGUCUGAGGUACCCCCUCACCUGCCACGGGUCGUUACUGUAGGGUUCUUUUCAAACAAAGCAGUUCCACUGUUUAAAACUUGGAAUGACCUUUAUUUUUUUUUUAAGCAAGACAGUCCUCAGAAAGUGCCUUUUUAGAAGAUGGUGCUGUAGAUUUUUAUUUUCCAGUUGUACGUGGCUGCAAAUUUAAGAUAAAUUAUUGAAAAAUGCCAAGUGUUUGAUAGUAUCUUUUAGGUACUUUCAAGCAUCAGCUUCUCUGAGUCAGGACCAAGAAUAACCAGGAAGGUGUUUUCCUUUGGAGGGAGAGGCAUUGAGGAGCGAUCACCAAAUUCAGCUGGUAGGCUGGGCUUGGGCUGGGUUUGGUCAAUGUGAUUUGCCUCUUCAUAUUGAGGGGGUGUGGGGUUCAGGGUGUGGGAGAAGCUCUAGGGAUGUGGUUAGUGUCCAAAGGAAUCCAUAGCUACUGGAGGAUGUCAUCUCUUAGGGGUAGAGACAUCCCAAAGAUCAAGACAAACCGAAAGAUGUCUUAGGAGGAUGUCUUAAGGAUGGCUUAGGAGAUGGUGGGUCCUCACAUGGCUUGUGUGUGUGCAGGAGGAAUGUCAUGGAUCACUGGGUCCUUCUGAUUCCCAGCUGGGUGCUCUGGAUGGGAGUGGGUUGGGGGUGGGUGGUGCCAUGGAGGGGGUGGGUUCCUGGUGAGUUUGGUGAGCGUUCCUCCAGUCAGGAAAAGCUGUAGACUAGACUAUUAAACACUGCACCUCAGUAACCUUGUAAUGCUGCAUAAAGUAAUAAUAAUAGCAAAGUUGUGCUUUGAUGACACUGUAAUGUGCUUGCACAUGCCUGCAAAAAACACACACUUCCCUUUCCUUUGGUCUGAGUAGCAGUUAUGGGACUUUUCUUUUAUGAUGAGCCUCGUCCUUUCUUGUGAUAUUUCUGUAUAUUUAUUGGUGGUCUGUGUGCAGCUCAUAGGUCUGUGUGUCUGCUCUGUGUGUUGCUUUUAACACUUUAUUUUUAGGCGGGAGAAGUUUCUGAAUGUUUUGGUUUUCUUCUCCAAAUUCAGCUUAACCAGUCGUGUUUGAGAGGAGCCAAUAAACCCACUCACCAUAGACAGAGGCUUCAUUGGUACCUUGUUUCUUUACAACUAAAAUGAUUUUGUGCAUUUUAUUACUGUUUAUAACGUUGGGCAUUUAAGAUGUGGAAUAACUUGACAUCAGUCAGGGUAGGUUUGAAUAUCAGGAGCUUAAGCGCAGAACUCGCUGAGUGAUUCCAAGUGGUAUCUUUGCAGGAACGUGCACAUGUCCAGACUUUUUCUGGGAGCAAGCAGAGCUUCUGGACAUCCUCAAUGAAAUACAUAGGGCCCAGAGUGCCAGCGUGGGGCAGUGCCCCUGCUGAGUGCUCACACCUCCUUGGGAGGGGACGCUGCCCGAGGACCGUGCGGUGCAGCCCCUGCUCCGCUCCCCAGACACAAGUUGACUCUUUUUGCUCUGUAAUUUCUUCUGAUUCAACUUCGAGACGUGAGUCUCUUGUAGUUUGUUACCAACUUUCUUGUCUUAUUACAGUGCCCAAUGCCACUGUGUUGGUAUUUAAGCUUGCCAUGAUGUUCAAUUGUUUUAUAUUCCCAAUUUCUUAGUGUUACUAGAGUAGGGUUUAGAAAGCAUUUUUCAGUCUAAGUUCUGAGCCAAAACUGUGUCUCCUGUCCUUUUUAGUAGUAGCUGUUUUUAUCUUUUAGACUAAAAAGGGCCAAAAAUCUUGCACCAUCAGCUUGUUUGCAGCAAUAUUCUCCAUCUCCUCCCUCACCUGUGAACUGGUUUGUUUCUCUCUACAUUUAGCUAAUACUGGAGCUGUUGAGAUUUAGAAGAAAGUUGCUGCCUUUUCUUUCUAUCAAAAGAAAUGACAGAAGAACCUGACAAAGCAGGUUUCUGUUGGACAUAAAUCUCUUGCCUUGGUGUCAAUGAGCUGCUGCACACGAGGUUUAAUUCCAGCAGAAAUGUUUCUGUUUCAGUCAUUUGAGGGUGUAUGAUGAUGUAAAGUAUCCAAAUUAAAUAGGAGCUAAUAAACCACUGAAAAGAGACACUACUAAAAUACUUCAAAUUAAAAAAAAAACAACCAAACAGCAAAUCAAAACACCCCAAGGAGCAGCUGUGGUGGACAGGGAGGGCCUUGUCAGGGAGAUGGAGAACCUGUGGGACAUUGAGAUCCUGCAGCUGCUGGGGCAGCUCUGCAAGAGGAAGAAAAGUGUUGGAAAGAGGCAGCAAGAACAGACUCAAAGUAACAGAGCCCAGUAGAAGUUAUCAAACUGCUUUAAAAAUCAUCAGGUGGGAGAAUCUAAAUGGAAUGUUGAAACUGAUAAAGAGGCAGCAGAGCCUUCUUUGCUUCCUGUAGUAAAGAAAAGCAAAACUUGACAGCUGAUGUUUUCUUUCAGUACCUUUCAGUACUUGAAGGGCCCUUUGAUAACAAUGAGGAUGAACUUUUAGCAGGGCCUGUUGCCAUAGGACAAGGGGUGAUGGUUUUAAACUGAAGGAGGGUCAAUUCUGAUUAUAUCUAAGAUGCUUUUUAUCAUGAGGGUGGGGAAGCCCUGGCACAGGUUGCCCAGAGAAGCUGUGGCUGCCCCAUCCCUGGAAGUGUCCAAGGCCAGGUUGGACGGGGCUUGGAGCAACCUGGGCUAGUGGAAGGUGUCCCUGGGUUGGAACUGGAUGACAUUUGAAAGGUCCUUUCCAACCCAAACUAUUUUCUGAUUCUGUGAUCACAUGAGGAGAAAAGCAUUUUCCUGUGUAUUUUAACGGUGCCUGUUCUCCUCCAGGACUGUGCUGUGAGCAGGUGGCAGUGCCUGGAAUAGCUGCACCCUGAAAUCAAACUGUGGUUUAUCCAGACCUUGGAACUCCUUUACUUGGAUCAAACCGGGUGCAGGUUCCAGUAGGUUGGUGCCACCUGAACCAACAGACCCGAGGGGCUUCUGAGCAAUAUCUGACCCCUCCAGCCAACACAGAAGCCCUGACAGAUUCCUGGUUGCCCUGAGGUGUGUCUGGCUCCCGGGAACAGCAGCAGGCAGGUGUAGAGGUAAUUUUGCUGCAGCACUACAGUUGCUCUGCUCCUCCUCAGCUCUUGCCUACCUCCCCUUUCCCUGACCAGGCUCACUCUCCCUCCCCUGCCUGUGUGGAAUUAGCCAUGUUGAGAUGCUGUAGCUGUGUGGAACACAGGCCAGCUCUGGAUCUGAGGGUGGGGCUGUGAUGGUGACAAGAGCCUGUAGAAAUGAAGGCCUGGGUAGGAGGUGGGUGGGUGUUGGGUGAGCUGUGAUCAGCUCGAGCCCUUCAGGGACAUUGAUGGGGACGUCAGCCAUGAGCUUGGUGGUCCUGAACUGUUUGUGCUGGACUUGAACUCACUGAGAGCAAGCAUGUGCCUUUUUCUGACCAGGAACAGAGCUGGAAAAACCUGUGUUUGCAUCGGUAGGAUGGUUAGUGUUUUUCUGGAACUGUUUUUAAAGCUAGAAGUCCUUGGUCAGAAUGGAGUUGGUUUUGUGUUUGAAUUAUUUAAUCAAAGCGAGCCCUGAAUUAUUUGUGAAUUAGAACUACCCAGAGAGGAGAAGCUUUUAAAAUAAGUGGUUUCUGAAGAACAAUGUCAUCAAAUAAACCUACUUCCUGGUAGACUUGCAAUUUUUUUAAGAUAAAAUUUAACCUUGAUGUGUUUAUCCAAUGAGAAUCAUUAAUUCUGCCUUUCUUUGAAUGUUGCCUGUCCAGUGAUGUCCUCACUCUUUACUGUGCUCCUGCAGCUUUCCAUACACUCCAUUGCUUCUCCCCUCUCAGGGAUGUGAGGAAUAUUGUCCAGUGAAUGUCGGGGAGCAGUGCAGAGCUCUGAUUCAGUGGGAAUGUGGAGGUGAGGGUUAAACAUCACAGAUAAUUCCUCAAGAAGCAGUUUGCCAACAGCAGGGAACAGAAUCAUGUGGUCGCUUGGGAGAGACAAAGUGGUGUGAGGGGAGGAACAAUCCCUCGUCCUCUGACACCAGGUACCUGUUUUAGACAGUGUGCUGUGCAGAAUGAGACACCUGUGUCCUUAGAUGCCAGUUUGGGCUUAAAGCUGCUAAAAAAAGUGGAUUUUCAGACCAAAAUGGAAGAGUUUUUCCAUCAGGUUCUAUUUGAUGCAGUUUUGAGUUUUGGGGAGUUGUCCAGCCAGGAGCUCCAGUACCAGCUGGCUCUGGAGCGAGUUCCCUCUCUGACCUGGGGGAAGCGACUGCCUCGUUUUUCACCUAGAAAAUGUUGGUGAUGGUUCGUGUCGCCUUAUGAGAGUGAGUUACUGGGUGUUCUGGGGUUGAACUGUGUCGUGGCAAUGGUAACUGCUUGAUACAAACCUGUGCACCUCCUGCACGUUUGCAUCUGCAGUGAAUCUGGUUCUGUUUGGAGCCUGUGCUCUUCCCUCCCAUCACAGCUCUGCCCGAGGCCGAAGGCACUCGGGGUCGAUCCCGUGAUGUUUGACAGGUUGCUUUCUUUUCAGAUAAUCCAUUUCUUGUAAAACAGACAGAAGGCAAGUUUAUUUAAAUGGAGGGGCUUUUUUCAUUGCUGAGAAGUAUACAGGUCUUUCAAACACAUCUGGCAGUUGAAAAAUUAACACUGUAACACUAUCUAGCAACACAAAUACACAGACUGUGUUGAGUUUAGGGCUAUGCUGGCCCAUAAAUCAUAGGUCCACAACCCAUUUACAUACAGGUGUGCAAAAAUUAGCUUUUAAAAUAGUUACUAAUAAAGUUUCCUUAUGCUUACACUUGCAAAUCUCUUGAAUAUCUUCAAAACUAGUUUCUUUGAUAGAAAAAUCCGUGUCUUGCUGGUUAGUGUCCGCUCAGACCCAAUAGCAAAGUGAUGCCCACUGGAGCAGUGGAGAAUUUAAAGGACUUUUGGGAGUUUUGGAACCCAAUGGAGUGCCAGCAAAGUGGAAACUUGAGUAGUGCUCUUCAGGUAGUGAGGAGAAUUGAACACCCACAAAACUCGGUGAGAGGAAGCAACUUUGCAGCGAAGGAUGGCUUCUCCUGGGUACUCAGUUUUGUACAUCACUCCCCUCCUGUGGCUGUAGUGUUUAGCUUUCUUUGACUUGACUUCUGUUUUGCAGCGAAAUCUUCUGAUUUUUGCAGUUUUCAGUGUUGAAUCUCACCUUGAGACAACUUCAUGUUGUUUUCCUGUAGAAAAAAACCUGCUUCUAGCUCGUUGCGUUCGGUGUCUGUUUGCAGGCAGGUGUGAAAAGGGAGCUGCAGCACAGCAGUGGAGCUGGCAGAGCGAGUUUUGGGUUGGAAAUGUUGGGUUUACAGGCACUGGCGUGCGGAUCAGCAUUCCAUGGAUGCGGUGACGCUUUGGGCUCACAGGGUACAGACCCUCCUGUCUGUUGUUCUUGUCCCUUCCCUUGGUGGGAGCAGUUCAGCUCCCCCAGGUAACCUCGUGGUGGAUAAAUGGUGCUUGUUGGGGAAAAACUGGGCUGUUUGCCUGGCUGGAGGUGUCUGAUCAUGGACAAGAACGUUGUCCUUUAAAGCUUUCACAGAAAUCAGUAGCAUUUGGUAUGAGCCAAUCUAGAAAGGAUCUUCAGAAGAAGGUGGCUCAGGUGGCAUCGUGUGUGCCAUACACAUCGUUGGCCAGUGAGCUGGGUUAGCUUUGGAAACUGCUGGAAGAAAUGUAGCGCGUAGAAAUCUUGCGUAUUUAAGAUCAUGUGUUUAAAUUGUUAAAAAAAAAAAAAAGGAAAGAAAAAAAGAAAUCAUGCUGUUUGGGAUUCCUUUUCCCAAUAAAAUUCUAAUAAACCAGCCCAGGGGAUCCAUCCCCUCCCAUGUGUCUGCUCUCUCUCAUAUGCUGGUAACUGCUCCCCUGUUCUGGUGUCCCGUUGCUUCGGCAGGAGCGUGAAUGUGUUCCCACCGUGAAGGUCCUGGGGGCUUUCGAAGCAAAAGGGAAUUAUUUUCAGGAGUAAAGCAGAGCUGUGACUUGAGACGUUGCACAAAUAGAUUGUAGAUGGGUGGCAAACAAACUGGUAAAAGCCUUUAUUUUUACUUAACCAUCUUGACCAUGUGUGCCUCUUUGUACCGCGGGCGUGGGCUGCAGCCGUGCGGGGUGGGAGGGAACGUGUUGGUGUUUGAGAUGUACUUGCUAAGCAGAAACCGUGUCCUCUGCCCCUUCUCCCUUUCCGGAAAAAUUGUUCUUGCCAAAAUUUUCUACCUGUUGCAAGAGUUGCUUUCUUUCCAGCACAGUAAAAUGUCGACUUCUUUCACUGUUCCUUCCCUCUCGUAGGCAUCUGUAACCUCUGUACGACUGUGUAUAGGACACAGCAGUCAUCGAUCUCUGCUGGCUAUAGAUACCAUCAACUUGAGUGUAUUGUAAACGAACCGUAUUCAUUUGAAAAAUAAAUUUUUUUUGAAAUGCA